CACACAGUGUAGCCUUGAUUUCCAGACUACUAUACCGUAAGAACAGCUGUGUGUUUUCACCUGCGUCAAAUACGCAAAUGGAUUCUCAGCUUCCGUUCUCUGCUGAGGAAUUAUCCUGUCCCAUGUGCCACGACGUCUUCAAGGAUCUAGUUCUCCUGUCAUGUAGUCACAAUAUCUGCAAAGUCUGUUUCGAUCAGUACUGGAAGUCUAUGGGGUCUCCGGAAUGUCCUGUUUGCAGAGAGCAAACCGAUGUGGCUUCUUCAUGUAGUUAUGUACCGAGAGAUGUGUGUGAGGUCGUGCUACAGCGAAGGACUAAAGAGAAAGCUUCAGCAUGUUCUACAUCACUCUGCGGUCUACACGGUGAAAAAUUCAAGUUCUUCUGCCUAGAAGAUGAACAGCUGUUGUGUGUGACGUGUCGCACAUCAACAACACAUGAAAAUCAUCAAUGUUGCACUAUAGAUAUCGCGGCACAUGACCGUAAGAAGGAUCUUAAAACAGUACUCAGACUCUUACAGGACAAGUGUCAGGUCCUCAAGAAGGUCAAAUCAAAUUAUGAUCCAACUGCAAAGUGCAUUAAGUAUCAGACCAAGAAAACAGAGCAGCAGAUCAAGAAGGAGUUUGAGAAGAUUCACCAGUUUCUUCAAGAUGAAGAAGCAUCCAGAUUAGCUGCUCUGAGACAGGAAGAGGAGCAGAAGAGUGCGAUGAUUAAACAGAAGAUUGAAGAGAUAGACAUAUUGAUAGCAUAUUUUUCCUAUAUUCUCAAUAUGAUGAAAGAGGAAAUUGGAAGUGAGAAUAUCUCAUUUAUGCAGAGCUUAAGAGCAGUAGCAAAAGCCAGGGCUCAAUGCUCCUUGCAGGAUCCGCAGAUGUUUUCAGGAGCGCUGAUUGAUGAAGCCAUGCACGUGGGGAACCUGGCGUUCAGAGUGUGGGAGAAAAUGCAGGAGAUCGUUCAAUACACCUCUGUGAUUUUGGAUCCAAACACAGCCCACCCUGAACUCAUCCUUUCAGAUGACCUGACCAGUGUCCAGCGUGGUUAUGGAACACAAUACCUCCCUAAUAAUCCAGAAAGAUUUGAUCAAGCUUACUGCAUCGUAGGCUCCGAAGCAUUUACCUCAGGCAUCCAUAGCUGGGAUAUUGACGUCACAGACGUUCCUGAUUGGGAGGUCGGUGUGACAACUGGACUUAUCCCAAGGACUGGAAAAACUGACUUGGGUAGCGAAAACUGUAGUGUCAAGGCUUCUCAUGGUGAAUAUCUGGCACGGUUCUCAACAGCGGCAGCCUUUAAGCUCCAUCUUAAAGACAGCCUACAGAAGAUCAGAGUUCAGCUGGACUUUCAGAGAGGAGAAGUAGAAUUCUCCGACCCUGUUACUGACACGCCAGUGUUUUCUUUCAGCCAUUCUUUUACCGAGGGAGUCUUUCCUUUCUUUAUUACUCCAUGCAAACUUUCAGUUCUGAGGAUAUUACCAUUAUAUAUUGAUUAUAUACUGAAUACAGAACACGUUAGAGAGUGAGGCAAGUAGCUAAAGCAUUAAUCCAUGGAGUAAAAAAAUGACAGAUGUAGUAUAAUUCUGCAUAGUACACAAAGUUUCCAGAGAAACAGAACAUUUUGGACAAAAGUCCUUCAUUAUCUGUGCAAAUAAAAUGCUUCUUAUGCUUUAGGUGAAACUAGUGGAUAUGUGAAAUGAUUAAUGCUUGAUAAAAUGAUCAACCAGUGCGAACUGACAUCCAGAAAUAUCCUUGGGUAUUAUUUCUGUGGGACAUGAAGUAAAAGAUAUAAGAAUUGUUUUCCUUGUGUGGUUUGGGUAGAAGAUAGAAGUACGUAUAAGUCCUGUUAAUACGUAUCGGCAUCAAUGUGGAUAUCAGGGGGAACCUAUGUAGAUGGUGAAUGAGUGAUGUUUCAGAUAUCAAAGACAGUCAUUUGCCAAAUAAAUAAAAAAAGAUGCACACAAGAUGGCAGCCUUGUGCUUUCCAUUUCUGACUAAGAGCAAAAUGAUAGGCUGCUAAUACCCUAUAAAGACAGUUUUAGGCUUAAAGAUGUAUUAAUUGCUUUAUUAUUAUUAUUAUUAUCAUUAUUAUUAUUAUUUCUUAC